GAGCCAUGCGCCAGUACAAGCCAGGACGUACGAGAAGAUGUACAGAGAGGUGAUGCUGGGCGGCGGCCACAUCAACGCGGACAUGCAGCAGUUCCUCGAGAAGGACAAGCAGGUGCUGCGCUUCUUUGCUGUGAUGGAUGAUGUCACCACUCCUCAGUUCGAGCGCCGGCCCUUCACCAUCAUGUUCUUCCUGGCGGACGACACCAUCGAGAUCCGGGAGCAGUACCCUCUGAACUGCGGAAGGGACAACUUCCCGAUCUUCUUCCGGCGCGGCAAGAUGCCGAUGGGCGCCUACAAGGUGGAGGGCCCUCAGGCGCAAGCGCGGAAGAAGAACGAGUUUGUUCAUGGCAACGACUUCAGGGUGAACAUGACAGUGCAGCUGUUGGGCAACUACUCCUUCUUCAUCUACGACGCAGAUGAGUUCACUAGGCGGCACUUCCAGCGGGAGCUCAACGAAGAUCUGGAUCCGCGCAUCGACGUGCGCUUGCCCGACCGCGCCGUGCCCAGGGCCAAGACUCCGCCCUACACGGGCUACGGGUCUUGGGACGACUCCAUGGGCUCGGUGACGCACCUCAUCCCCAAGGUGCCCAAGAAGGACUUUGUGAAGCUCUUCCGUCAGGAGGGCAAGGUCUUGCGCUUCAAGGCCAAGUUCGCGAAUCCCAAGCCGGAGGAUGCGGACCGCAUUUUCGUCAUCAGCUACUACCUGCAGGACGAUACCGUGGCCAUCCACGAGCCGCCGCAGCGGAACUUGGGUAUUGUCACGGGCCGCUUCUUGGAGAAAGGAAUUCACAUGAAUCAGAUCACGGGCCAGCUCUUCCAGCCCAACGACCUCAUCCCAGGCAACACCAUCAAGGUCUACAACAACGAGUUCCUCAUCGUGGACAUGGAUGAGUACUCGAAGAAGGUCUUCGAGAACCCGGACGCCUUGCUGCGGGUCUUCGAUCUGGAGGCGGUCCUGCAGAAGAUGCGCGACUCCAUGCGCCAGCAGUACCCCCUGGUCCGGGACAUCUUCAGGCGCUUCGACGGAGAUCAUGACGGCGUGCUCACCGUGGCAGAGUUCCAGCAAGCCCUCGAGAAGUUCGGCUUCCAGCUGGCUCCGGAGGACGUGCUGAAGAUCAUGCGGCACUUCGACACUCGGAAGGACGGGCAGGUGAGCUACAACGAGUUCUGCGACGCCCUGCUGGAUCCGGAUUGGACCACGGUGAUGAUGCACACCAAGAAUCCUUUGGACGACAGGCACGACCACGCCUACGCGGAGAGGGCCAUGGUGAAGUCUGCAGAGCGCGCGGAGACGACUCAGGUGCGAAAGGCGGUCAAGGACCUUGGCGAUGUCCUCUACAAGAAGCACAACUUCAUCAUCAGAAUCUUGAAGGAGAUGCAGCACAUCACACAUGAGGAUCAUGUGAAUGCUGAGCAGAUCAAGCACGCCUUGGAGCAGGUUGGGCAUACCUUCCACAUUGAGGAUGUGCAGCGUGCCAUCCUCUACCUCCAGCCGGACGCGGACCUGGCGGCUGUGGACUACCGAAAGCUCUUCCAAGAUGUGGUUACGAGCUACCAUGACGUGAGCGCAUCCCGCUGAGCGCAGCCUGGGUGUGCGGCUUGUAGCGCGGGUGAGCCUGUGAGAUCACAGCUGAGCCCCGCGAAAAGUUUUCACCUGUGCUGAGAGAAUGGGCCACAGGCAUGGCCAACUUGGGUUCACUUGUGCCUUCCUGUUUCUUGAGCAGGGCUCCUUAGAAGAUACAUUUUGCCCA